CCACCUGUGCCCAGCAGUGCGCCCACUAGCUCCGCCCACCUGUGCCCAGCAGAUCACCCACCUGUGCCCAGCAGUGCACCCACCUGUGCCCAGCAGUGCACCCACCUCAGUGCCAUCCACCUGUGCCCACCCACCUGUGCCCACCAGUGCCACCCACCUAUGCUGCCCACCAGUGCCACCCACCAGUGCAGCCCAGCAGUGCUGCCAGUCAGUGCCACCAGUCAGUGCCCAGCGGUUGUGCCAGUCAGUGCCGCCAGUCAGUGCCCAGCAGUGAUGCCAGUCAGUGCCGUCUAUCAGUACCCAUCAUCAGUGUCACCUAUCAGUGCCACCUAUCAG